ACACGUAUACUCUGUAUACACAGUAUAUAAAACUCGCAGAAUUAGCAGCGGCAUAAUAUUUCGUAAACAGUUUAUAUGCUUAUGUGUACAUCAUUUUACAAAAUGUAUAGAAGAAUGUCGCUUUCAAACUAUUUAAGAGAUUAUAUGUCUGAUACUGAAAGUGGGGAAAUAACGUCUACAGACGAGGAAGAAGAAAUUAUUCAAAAACCUGCAAGUCAGCCAAAGUCAACGGUUUUUACAUUAGAUUUUUCAGCUCACCUGUCAGCUUCUUUAUCUAAUGUGUUGUCAUAUCAUUCUAUUAUUUUUGACAUUGUGGAUACGAACAACGACAAGUCCUACAAUGUUACAACAGGACGAUUUACUGCACCGUUUAAAGGAAUAUAUGUCUUUUUUAUUACAAUUACCAGCACUGAAAAACUGAAAGCGUCGUUAUGUUUUAUGCACAAGUUUAAUCCAGUUUUUCAAGCAAAUGUAAAAGAAAUGGAACAAUUAGUUGAGGGCUAUAACACAAAGACUAUGGCUGUUGUACUCAGCCUUGAAAAAGGAGAGAAGGUUUGGGUAAUGAACGGUACUAAGGUGUCAGACGUAAGUCAAAUGUUCGAGCCCUAUUAUACAUCAUUUUCUGGAGGAUUAGUUGAGAAACAGAGUACCUUGUGAGUUUAUUGAAAUGUUUUAUUGAAAUAUGUAUGAUAAUACAGUUCUUACUAUUUUAAGAACACUCAUAAUUGAUUGGGUAAAAUCACUUUUCAGUAAAAACAUUAUACAUCAACGGUGUAUCAUCGACAUAACUGAAGUUAUUACACUAUAAUCCCCCAUACCGUAUACAUUAUCUAACUUAUGAUAUACUACGUACAAUGCUAAUACUGCGUUAUUGGAUUUAACCUUGUGGUUAAGAAUAAACCGUGUUUACACUAUAUGUAUAUUUUUUAAAGAAUACAUGUUGUAAAAUUCA